UCUGCUGAGAGCCAUGUUGGAUGUGAAUGAGAGGCAGGGAUGCUGCGCCCGUGACGCUCACGCACCGAGUUCAUCUGAACACCGAGAGUAAAUGCAAGCUUCCCGGGAUUACCGAGAGACCGGGGAGUACGGCGGAAGGAGACGGGCGCGGGCGGCGGUGCUGGCAACCUAGCCAGCCUUGGGAGAGGGAGAGACAGAAAGAGAAAAGCUCUCGACCAGAGAGGAGAGUGAGUGAGUGUAAGAGAGACAGAGAGAGGGGGAGAGAGGGGGAGAGAAAGGAUCUCACCAGACUAAUGGCUGCACUGCUGCUGGGCUCCAGCUCGCUCGCGCCACCGCUGCUGCUCUACCUACUCUUCUGCUCUUUGUUUGCCGUCGUCCCGGGGAGGGAAGCGGGCCUGCGUGCCCCCCAACCCCUCGGUCAUGUCAGCAGAGCCAGUCCUCCCCGGGAAACGGGGAAAUUGAAUUGGGGCGGUCGGGAGAUCCGCCCUGAAUGGAGGUUGCCGUCAUCCAAAUGCCAGAUUAGCGGCCCGUGUUCUCUGUUUCGAGCUCAUGAGAUCUGCCCAGGCUCCUCAUCACUGGAAAAUUGGAAUGCUACCACAUACACUUCAGAACCAAGCCGUCUGAGCGGCGCCGUCCGUCUCCACUUGGGUAGGAGAUGCUGCCACGACGACUGGGGCGUUGCUGCCCCUAUUCCCUUCUUCCCGGUGCCUGAAGGAAAGCUAAUGUGUGUACAAAGGACUCGUGCGCGAUUGUGGUGGACACCUGGUCUACUGGACUGCACAGGAAGGGUCUCGGCGCCGGGGGCAAAAGAAAGCGAGGUGUGUGUGUUGUGGCUCGAUAACCAACAAGGUACAAGACAGCGAAAUGGGCCUCGAUGCCACCUCUUCUUGGCUCGCGCACACAAGGCGAUUGCCGUCCAGGGACCCACUCACCCGUUCUCAAAGGUCUAUUCAAAUUCUAAUGAGGGUAACGAUGUUUUCAACAGCUAUAAAUUGGACAAAGGACCCGAUGGCUUUUUGUUUUUCUGCCACUACCGUGUUAUCGAUUACAGCACAGAGGGACGGACUCGCAUCACCCUUGUGGCCGUGGGGAAUAUGCGUGGCAGCGCAGAGUGCGAAUCCAACCUAAAACACCUUUCAGCGCAGGUUACCGGCAGCAGCAACAACUGUUCCGUAUCCCCCUGGAUUGGUCUCGGCAGUGUCUCGCGCACAGGUUGCUCACAGCGGUCACCAAACGAAUAUAGGCAACGUUCCCGCACCGAUGUCCUGAACCGAUGGGGGCCAGACUUUCAACAUAAAAUACAAGAGAAGAAAAGUGUCCAAGCAUAUCACACAGUGAGUCUGAAUGUAACGCCAUCAGAAAGAAGUUUACAGAGAAAUUCUCUACCAUUCGCGCGUGUUCUUUUCCCAGAAAAUCUUCGGGAAAAGUCUUCAUGGAACGGUUUUCGGGAGUCCCGUCUAGAGGGUCCCGUGGGAUCUGUGUCACCAAGUGAUUCUGACAACCGAAUCUCUCCCGCCGUGAGAAUAAACGGCAGCCACUGCCGUUCGCGGAAAUCAUCUGAUGAGCGCGUCGCCAAUUACCAUAUCACAGCGGAAACGAUUCCAGCUAAAUCAAUCUCAUCGCUGCUUCUUGCGCACCACAAUGACUCACGCACUACAAAUCACGCAGAGUCCCAGCUCCAUAUCUCCACCGUGCUGAACCUCACAACACGGGGAUAUGAGUCACACGCCGCUCGAGCCUCGCCGAGUGUCAGUCCUUGGGGAGCUGAGGAGGCAUCAGCACCACGCGCUCAAUGGACAGCUCCCGAAGUUUACACGCCUCCGAAAACACCGGGCACACUCCCUUCAGAUCACUCCUAUCAUGUUACUAGUGUAUAUUUAAGGAAUACAAACAGCAACAACAACAAUAAUAAUCAUAACAACGACAACAACAACGAGGUCUAUGGAGAUGAAAAUUCAAUUAUUCAGAUGAGUGGCGAGAGUUCUGAUGCCGACUUGACUCGCAAGACGUCUCAACCUGGCACGUGCGCACCCUCCCCUGAGGGACCUGCGCCGUUAGAGGAUGGCGAGUUUGCAACGUCUUCUGACAGUAGCGCCUGUUCUGACAGACUGGAUGCCGACGGGGGAGCCACACGCUCGCAAUUAAAUUCCGGUAAACGGGUGUCAUUAUCCGAGGUAGGUGUCAGUCAGCCAAGGGUGCAGCUGGGGGUUGAGGCCAAGGAGCAGGGGAGGGAGGGAGAGGGAGAGAGAGAGGAGGGGGGCUGGGCCAAGGGUGAUAGACAGGCCACAGAGGAAAUGAGGGAGGAAGACAAGGAGUGGGCCACUGAGGGAGACACAAAGAGAGACAGGGAACGGGCAGCCAUCCUUUCACAAAGAAACAGAGAGAUCGGUCAAGCAGAGAGAGGUAGAGAGGUGGAGGAAGAGAGGGGGGGAAUGGAGAGGGAGAACAAAGAGUGGCAAAGAGCUGAGGACACACAGGAGGAGUGGGAUGAAAUGAGAGACAGCGCAGAGGAAGAGUGGGAGGAGGAGAGUCAGCUGGAGGAUGAGCACAGUCCAGCAGGGACAGAGGUCCAGAGCGAGCAAGAGCAGGACGCAGGGGAGUACGAAGAGCUGCCACAGGUAGGCCGCUCACGCCGCGCGGCUAACCGCAACCCCCACUUCCCCCAGUACAACUACCAGGUGCAGGUGCCCGAGAACCAGCCACCGGGCACCUCGGUGAUGCUCAUGAGUGCGGAUGACCCCGACGGGGGCGAGGCGGGCAGAGUGACCUACAGCAUAGCUCCGCUGAUGAAUAGCCGCUCCAUGGACUACUUCCAUAUCGACCCCGUCACUGGCCUGCUCGCCACCUCACACAUCUUGGACCGUGAGCACAUGGACCUGCACUAUUUCCGCGUGACGGCCACUGACCACGGCUCCCCGCGCCUCUCUGGCACCACCAUGGUGGCCAUCACGGUGGCAGACCGUAAUGACCACCCGCCUGUGUUUGAGCAGACAGAGUACAGGGAGACCAUUAGGGAGAACGUGGAGGAAGGAUACCCGAUCCUGCAGCUGCGUGCGACUGACCUCGACUCCCCCUCGAACGCCAACAUCCGCUAUCGCUUUGUGGGCGAGGGGGCGGCCCUGGCGCGCGUGGCCUUCGAGGUGGACCCCCGCUCGGGCCUCAUCACCACGCGCGGCGUGGUGGACCGCGAGGCUAACGAGCGCUACACGCUCACGGUGGAGGCCAGUGACCAGGGCCGCGAGCCGGCCCCACGCUCGGCCACCGUCAACGUCUACAUCAACGUGCUGGACGAGAACGACAACGUGCCGCAGUUCAGCAAGAAACGCUAUGUGGUGCCCGUGCGCGAGGACGUGCGUCCGCACACCGAGAUCCUGCGCGUGAGCGCCUCGGACGAGGACAAGGACGCCAACGCCGCCGUCCACUACAACAUCAUCAGCGGCAACAGCCGCGGGCAGUUCGCCAUCGACAGCGUGACCGGGGAGGUGCAGGUGGUGGCGGCACUGGACUACGAGGUCGAGCGCGAGUACACGCUGAGAGUGCGCGCUCAGGACAACGGCCGGCCGCCGCUCUCCAACAACACGGGCAUCGUCAGCGUGCAGGUGAUCGACGUCAACGACAACCCGCCCAUCUUCGUGUCCACGCCGUUCCAGGCCACGGUCCUGGAGAGCGCCCCCGUCGGACACUCCAUCCUGCACAUCCAGGCCAUCGACACCGACUCCGGGGACAACGCCCGCCUGGAGUACCGGCUCACGGGCACGGGCAGCGACACGCCCUUCCUCAUCAACCCGGCCACGGGCUGGGUGACGGUCAGCUCCGAGCUGGACCGCGAGUCCGUGGAGCACUACUUCUUCGGCGUGGAGGCCCGCGACUACGGGGCGCCCCCGCUCUCCGCCACGGCCAGCGUGACCAUCACCGUCAUGGACGUCAACGACAACCGGCCGGAGUUCCUGCAGCGCGAGUACCACGUGCGUCUGAACGAGGACGCCGUGGUGAGCACCAGCGUGGUCAGCGUGACGGCCGUGGACCGCGACGUCAACAGCGCGGUCACCUACCAGAUCACCGGCGGCAACACGCGCAACCGCUUCUCCAUCAGCACGGCCGGUGGAGCGGGCCUGGUCACCUUGGCGCUGCCGCUCGACUACAAGCAGGAGCGCCGCUACGUGCUGACCGUUACCGCCUCUGACCGCACCCUCCACGACACCUGCCAGGUGCACGUGAACAUCACCGACGCCAACACUCACCGGCCGGUGUUCCAGAGCGCCCACUACUCGGUCAGCAUCAACGAGGACCGGCCGGCCGGCAGCACUGUGGUGGUCAUCAGUGCCACUGAUGAGGACGUCGGGGAGAACUCACGCAUCACCUACUUCCUGGAGGAUAAUAUCCCACAGUUCCGCAUUGACCCCUCCAGCGGGGCCAUCACUCUGCAGGCAGAGCUGGACUAUGAAGACCAGAUGACCUACACCCUGGCCAUCACUGCCCGAGACAAUGGCAUCCCACAGAAGUCUGACACCACCUAUGUGGAGGUGAACGUAAAUGACGUGAAUGACAACGCCCCGCAGUUCCUGAGCCCUCGUUACCAAGGCGGGGUCAGUGAGGACGCCCCGAGCUUCACCAGCGUCCUGCAGAUCUCCGCCACUGACCGGGACGCGCACGCCAACGGCCGAGUGCAGUACACCUUCCAGAACGGCGAAGACGGCGACGGAGACUUCACCAUCGAGCCCACGUCGGGUAUCGUGCGGACCAUGCGGCGGCUGGACCGCGAGAGCGUGCCCUUCUACGAGCUCACAGCGUACGCAGUGGACCGCGGCGUGCCCCCGCAGCGAACGCCCGUCCACAUCCAGGUCAGCGUGACCGACGUCAACGACAACGCGCCCGUCUUCCCGGCGGACGACUUCGAGGUGCUGGUGAAGGAGAACAGCGCCGUGGGCAGCGUGGUGGCCCAGAUCACUGCCACUGACCCCGACGAGGGCGCCAACGCCCAGAUCAUGUACCAGAUCGUGGAGGGCAACAUUCCCGAGAUCUUCCAGAUGGACAUCUUCUCUGGGGAGCUGACCUCGCUCAUCGACCUGGACUACGAGGUGCGGAACGAGUACGUGAUCGUGGUGCAGGCCACCUCGGCGCCUCUGGUCAGCCGCGCCACCGUCCGCAUCCGCCUGGUCGACCAGAACGACAACAAACCCACGUUGCAGCCCUUUCAGAUCAUCUUCAACAACUUCGUGUCCAACCGCUCCAACACCUUCCCGAGCGGCGUGAUCGGACACGUGCCCGCACACGACCCCGACGUCACCGACCGCCUCUACUACACCUUCGACCGCGGUAACGAGCUGCACCUGCUGCUGCUCAACCACACCAGCGGGGAGCUGCGCCUCAGCCGCAAGCUGGACAACAACCGGCCGCUGGUCGCCCCCAUGCAGAUCACUGUCACCGUGUGUGUGUGUCAGGUGUUGCCGUUUGAUGACAAUGUGUGUCUGCGGGAGCCGUGCCAGAACUACAUGAAGUGUAUCUCGGUGAUGCGCUUCAACAGCUCGGCCCCGUUCGUGGCGUCCCCGUCCACGCUGUUCCGGCCCAUCCACCCAAUCACAGGGCUGCGCUGCCGCUGCCCCGCCGGCUUCACGGGCGACUACUGCGAGACGGAGAUCAACCUGUGCUACUCCAACCCCUGCCUCAACGGGGGCGUCUGCGCACGCAGGGAGGGCGGCUUCACCUGCAUCUGCAGAGAGGACUACACUGGUGAGCGCUGUGAGUGGGACAGGCGUGCAGGGCGCUGUGUGGUGGGGGUGUGCCGUAAUGGCGGGACGUGUCGUGAGCUGAGUGGUGGGGGGUUCCGCUGUGAGUGCCCAGCGGGCGGCUUCGAGAGGCCCUACUGCUCCAUCAGCGCACUCUCCUUCGCCCCCAAAUCCUUCAUCAUGUUCAGGGGCCUGCGCCAGAGGUUCCACCUCACCAUCUCACUCUCGUUUGCCACUCUGGAGAGCAGUGGCCUGCUGUUCUAUAAUGGACGUUUUAAUGAGAAGCACGACUUCCUAGCCCUGGAGAUAAUUGAUGGACAGGUGGUGCUAAAAUACUCCACAGGUGAAUCAUCCACUCAGGUGAGCCCGUUUGUGCCAGGGGGAGUGAGUGAUGGUGACUGGCACACUGUCCACAUCCACUACUAUAACAAGCCCAAGCGUGGUGUGAGUGGUGUGGUGGAGGGUCCGUCUGAUGAGAAGGUGGCGGUGGUGAGUGUAGAUGACUGUGACACGGCGGUGGCUCUGCGCUUUGGCUCCCAGCUCGGCAACUACAGCUGCGCUGCACAAGGCCGACAGAGCAGCUCCAAGAAGUCCCUGGACCUCACUGGACCGCUGUUUCUGGGCGGAGUCCCCAACAUGGCGGACAGCUUCCCCUUAGGAACGAGGGAAUUUAUCGGCUGCAUGAAGGACCUGCACAUUGAUAACAAGCUGCUGGAUCUGGCUGGCUCCAUUGCUAAAAAUAACACACUGCCAGGCUGCAGUGCGAAGCAUCCCUUCUGCAAGUCGAGCCCCUGUCAGAAUGGAGGCACCUGCCGCGUGAGCUGGGAGACCUUCGCCUGUGACUGCCCCCUAGGGUACGGAGGCAAGGACUGCAGCCACGUGAUGCCCCACCCACACCGUUUCCUGGGAAACAGCGCCCUGUGGUGGGACCUGAAGAAUGACGUCACCAUCUCCGCGCCCUGGUACCUGGGACUGGUGUUCCGCACGCGUGCCAAAGAGGGGGUCCUGCUGCAUGCCCAGGCUGAGCAGUACACCAGCCUCAUAUUCCAGCUGAUUGCUGGGCGACUGGUGUUUCUGGUGUCGCGCGGCUCCACCCGUCCCGUGCGUCUGAGUCUGGACGGCGUGCAGGUGUGUGACGGCCGCUGGCAUGACCUGCAGAUGGAACUGAGAGAUGUGCGGAGUGGCCGCGAGACGCGCUACGUCGCCACGCUCCGCCUUGACUUCGGCCUUUACCAGGGGACGGUGAUAGUGGGCAAUGAGAUUCAUAAUCUGAAAGUGAAGCACCUGCAUGUGGGCGGAGUCUUGGGCUCUGGAGAGGUGCAGAGCGGAAUACGAGGCUGCAUUCAGGGAGUGCGCCUGGGUGUGCGUCCAGAUUCCCCGCCUUUGCCUCGGCCGUCACGCGCAGUGAAGGUGGAGGUGGGCUGUAGCGUUGGAAACGCCUGUGCCUCCUCCUGCCCUGCCCACAGCAGCUGCUCUGACCAGUGGGAGAAGCACAGCUGUAUCUGUGAGCCAGGAUUCUAUGGUAAGAGCUGCAUAGAUGCGUGCAAGCUGAACCCAUGUGAGAAUGAAGCUCAGUGCCACAGAAAGCCCAACUCCUCCCAUGGCUACGUGUGUGACUGUGGAGACAACCACUACGGACAAUACUGCCAGCACAGGAUUGAGCAGCAGUGUCCACGGGGCUGGUGGGGGAGUCCUACGUGUGGCCCCUGCCACUGUGACACCAGCAAAGGCUUUGAUCCUGACUGCAACAAGACCAGCGGCCAGUGCCACUGCAAGGAGUUCCAUUUCCGUCGGCGGAGCAGUGACACCUGCUUGCCAUGCGACUGCUACCCAGUGGGCUCCUUCUCGCGCUCAUGUGACCUGGAGAGCGGUCAGUGCCAGUGUCGCUCAGGAGUGAUCGGCCGCCAGUGCAACCUGUGUGACAACCCCUUCGCCGAGGUCACCCAGACGGGCUGUGAAGUGAUAUACGACGGUUGUCCUAAGACCAUUACUCUGGGGAUUUGGUGGCCCAGGACUAAAUUUGGUCUGCCAGCGGUAGUGCCCUGUCCCAGAGGCUCAGUUGGAGCUGCUAUUCGUCACUGUGAUGUGGAGAGAGGCUGGCUCGAACCAGAUCUGUACAACUGUACCUCUCCUCCAUUUGUGGAGCUCAACACUGCACUGGAGGCUGUGGAGCGGAACGAGACUGAGCUCAACACCAUCGUUGAGAAGAAACUGGCACAUCAGCUGCGCGACGUCACCGAGGCCACCACCCGUUUCUAUGGCAACGACCUGCAGAUUGGCGAGCGCCUCUUGUCCCGGCUCCUGACCUUUGAGACGCUCCAGACAGGCUUUGGGCUCACCGCCACUCAGGAUGCACACUUCAAUGAGAAUAUGCUGCGAGGCUGCAGUGCUUUGAUUGGUCCAAGCAGUGCGGGGUUAUGGAGGGGGCAGGGCUUGCAGGCCCAGGGAGCCUCCGUAUUGGCUGAGUUGCUGGACCAGUACGCACGCACGCUCGCCAUGAACAUGAAGCAGACCUAUCUCAACCCUGUGGCUUUGGUGGCCCCCAAUAUAGUGAUGACUCUGGACCGUUUGGAGAAUCACACACAUGUGCGAAGGCGGUUUCCACGGUACCAUAACACUAUGUUCCGUGGCCAGCCGCUCUGGGACCCUCACACACACGUGAUGCUACCCCCAUCUGCCCUGGUACCUCAGCGACACUCCUAUCUUUCUCCGGCUCCGCCUCCUCCCACCGCUGGGAACGCGGUGACCAAUCAGAGCUCUGAGGCGGCCUCUGCACGCCGAUCUGCUACGCUGCCUGAUCCACCAAUCACCAUCGUCAUCCUGCUAAUCUACAGAAGCCUGGGAGCAGCCCUCCCUUCCAAAUACCACACGGACCGCAGAGGCGUCAGGCUACCGCGGCACCCAGUGAUGAACUCUCCAGUGGUGAGUGUGAGUGUGUUCAACAACCAGUCGUUUGUGGAGGGCUCUCUGGAAUCCCCCCUCUUCCUGGAGUUCCGCCUGCUGGAGACGGCCAACCGCAGCAAGCCCCUCUGUGUGCAGUGGAACCAUAGCACCUCCUCAUGCAAUGGAGGCUGUUGGCUGGUGAGGGACUGUAGUGUGGUCUAUAGGAACAUGUCUCAUGUUCGCUGUCAGUGCCAAAGACUGGGGACGUUUGGAGUGCUGAUGGACAGCUCCCAACGAGAGCAGUUGGAGGGUGAUCUGGAAAUGCUUGCGGUGGUGACCUACACAGCCAUCUGCAUGUCCAUGGUGGCGCUGCUGGUGACCGUUAUGGUGUUGUCCUGCUUACGAGGCCUCAAGUCCAACACCCGCAGUAUCCAUGCCAACAUGGCUGCUGCCACACUACUCUCACAACUCACCUAUCUGCUGGGCAUCAACCAGACUGAGCAUCAGUUUUUGUGCACAGUAGUGGCUAUCCUGCUGCAUUACUUCUUCAUGGUGGUGUUCGCCUGGCUGUUUGUGGAGGCUCUGCACGUGUACCGCAUGCAGACAGAGGUCAGGAACAUCAACUACGGCGCCAUGAGGUUCUACUACGCCAUUGGCUGGGGGGUGCCUGCCAUCAUCACAGGUCUGGCUGUGGGACUGGACCCAGAGGGUUACGGGAACCCAGACUUCUGCUGGAUGUCCAUGUAUGACAAACUGAUCUGGAGCUUCGCAGGGCCCAUUGUCAUCGUCAUCCUGCUGAAUGGAGGGCUGUUUGUGAUGGUGGUACGCAUUAUCUGUAAUCCCUCUCAGAAGGAGACCAAGAAGCUGCCCAUCAUUGCCACUAUCCGCAGUGCCUUCCUGUUGCUUCUGCUGUCUGCCUGUACGUGGUUCUUUGGUCUGAUGGCUGUGAACAACAGCAUCCUGGCCUUCCAUUACCUCUUCUGCAUCCUCUGCAGCAUCCAGGGGUUGGCAGUGCUGCUGGUGUUCACUGCGCUGAACUCUGAGGUGCAGGAGGCAUGGCGUCUGGUGUGUCUGGGGAAGAAGGGUCCAAGUGAAGAUCCCCCUCGAGCCGCACAGACAACUGGUCAGACUCCAUUUAACGGCGCCUCCCUGCUGGAACAGAGUGGACUACACCGCAUUACACUGGGGACCUCCACCAUCUCCUCAGUCAGCAGCGCACGAGAGAAUCUUCUGGCACGGCAGACCCUUGAACACACUCUGGGACACACACACACAGGUGCCACAGACCUGGAUGUGGCCAUGUUCCACAGAGAUGGAGGUGAGGACUCGGACUCUGAUUCCGAUCUCUCUCUGGAGGAGGAGCGCAGUCUGUCCAUCCCCUCCUCUGAGAGCGAGGACAACGUGCGUCUCCGCGGUCGCAUCCAGCGCCGCUUCAAGCGCUCCAAUCACAGCGAGAGGCUGCUCACGGAACCGGUCCAGAACGGCACCAAAGACCUGGAUGGGAAUGACCUGAUGUCCUAUUGGCCCGCUCUGGAGGAGUGCGAGGUCCACUCUCUGCAGAAGUGGGGCUCUGAACGUCCCUUGGGGGGGGCUGACUACAACAAGGACGCAGCCAACAACAACCAGCCUGACGCAGCUCUCACCAGUGGAGACGAGAACGGCCUCACACCCUCACAGAGACACCGCAAGGGUAUUCUGAAGAACCGUAUGGGCUGUCCCCCAGCGUUACAGGGCCUGUCGUCCGUCGGCAGGGUCCCGAGUGAGCUGUCCUGGUACCGCACGUCCACUCUGGGCCACCGCGGUGUGCCGGCCGCCUCGUACGGCCGCAUGUGCUCGGGCUCGCUGUCCCAGCCGGCCUCGCGCCACUCAUCGCGGGAGCACCUGGACUCGCUGGCCCGCCGCCAGCGCUCCCGCGACAACCUGGACCUGCUGCCACGGCGACGCGAGCUGGGCGGCUCCCGCGAGCGCCUGGGCCCGACCCACAGCGCGCACGCCUCGCGCGAGGACCUGGCCGGCCCGCCGCUGGACGCCGGCCUGUCCGGCUCGCGCUCGCACCUCGGGGCGCUGACGCGGCGGCAGCUGUCCCGCGAACACCUCGGGGGGGCGCUGAUGAGCAGCCGCUCGCGAGAGCAGCUGGAGACGGCUGGCGGGGGCGUCGCCGGUCCCAACGGAGCCGGACCGUGCCGUGAGUGGCUCCGCACGCUGCCCCCUCGCCAGCCCCCGCCCUCCUCCUCGCCACCGCCGCCAAUCAGCGAGGAGCCGCCCGAGCUCCUCCCCACGCGCCGCGGCCGCCUGGACUCGGCCCCUCCGUGUAGGUACCCUCCGCCCCUGAGCGCGGGACCCGAGGCCAGCAGGCCGCCCUCCAACGAGCACCUGGACAUUCUCUCCUCCAUCCUGGCCUCCUUCAGCUCCUCUGUCCUGGCCCCGCCUGCCGCCAACCCUCAGGCCACUGGCCCCUCCCCCUCCCCGCCCCCCUCUGCCACCUCUCACAGCAUCUCUGAGGUCUCCCCCGACGCCGAAGUCAACAGAAGUGAGGGACAGUCUUGAUGACACCCUCCCCAUCCCACAAUGCUUUGCAGUGCUGAGGGACACAGAUAAGGGACGAUAUUGGUUCAAUGGAGCAGCCCACCUGGCUAGCACCCCUAAAGGACAUCAAAGGACUUGUGACUGAAUUCUACUACGGGAAGGAUCUGGCUGUGGAGUUGGAUGUGGAUGUGGAAUGGCAGGCAUGGAAUACGGAUGCCAGGGCAGAGACAGAAUAGAAUGACACAAGCUGGCAGUCACAUCUGAGCACCGUUACUCAGACUUCAUACCCAAACGCCAGAGAGCAUCAGUGAAAUAUGAAACUGUAAAUAACAUUUUUAUACAUUUUUGUAUCUUUUUCAUCGGAGAUGCUUGGAAAAGAAAUCUCUUGUGAUGUUUUUUGCAGAUUCUUGUCCAGCAAAGUGAUGAGAGACGUGUGAUUUAUCCUGUUUCAGAAAGCCCGACUCAACCUAAACCUGUCCCGAUCCACACUCUUACCGGACAUAUCAUGCACCUCUAGACUGACAAACACACACACACAACACACACACAAACAUACAAAACACAACAGAAGGCUGGCUACGUAUAUAACAGGGACAAGGACUGGUGUGAUUUAUGAGAAUCCUGCCACGGAGAAGUGGUUUGUGGGGCGAGAGGAGCGAUUUCUAUAAAGUGUAAUGGAGGGGUAGGGGUUGGUCAGACCUGUGAUUGUAAAAUGAGAUUAUGAGAAGCCGGUGGCAGUGGUGGGAUGUAGAGGUACCGAGGUCCACUUGGUCCUGAUCCGGGUGGAUGUAUAACGGUGGAGCACAGGAAGAUCGUCUGAUUGCAGUUGUUGUUGCAGUCUUUAGAGCAGGGAAAGCAGUUUAGCGUGCUGCAUAAUCUCCACCUCUCACCACAGCCGGCCAGUCCUCCACAUGAGCGACACAUGAGGCGGCCAGUCCUCCACAUGAGCGACACAUGAGGCGGCCAGUCCUCCACAUGAGCGACACAUGAGGCGGCCAGUCCUCCACAUGAGCGUGGGACAGAGUGGAGGUAGCACGAGAUGUGAAGGGAGAAUAAAUGACCAAGACACACGGACACACACACCGACACACACACACGGACACACACACACGUAUACACACACCGACACACACACACGGAUACACACACCGACACAAACACAGAGCUUCAUGUACUGUCUCAUUUAACGUGACUUGUCAUAUCCACUCAUCUCUUUGCGUGUCAUUCAUUUUGAUUCAUGUGAGUUUUGCCAAAAGAACCUCUCUUCCCAACCUCUCUGCCCUUUGACUGUACCUCAUUUUUUACUGCCGACUGAUUUUGAACAUUUAUUUAUAGUACCUUUAUCUUGUACAGACAUGAGAUUAAUUUAUUUUAUUUAUUUAAUUAUUGAUUCAUAUUUAUUGAGUUUUAAUAUUUAUUGAUGCUUUACAGAUCAUAUCAUGUUGUGUGUAUGGAGGUUGGGUACCAUGUGAAAGAGUGUAUUUGCAGUUGUGGUAAUGUCUUUUUUUUUCCAAAUCGGGGCCGUUCUCCAAGGCAAGGAUUAGGUCUAGUCCCGAAGCGAACAGCAUGUAGAAUGCAGACAUGUUCUUCAGCCCAGGCCUAAGCAUAAUCCUCGUCUGGGAAACCAGCCCAAAGUGAGUGUACGGGGCCAGACUUCCACUGUGUUCCCAAUAUGAGGAGAGAGAGAGAGAUUGAGAGAGAGAGAGAGAGAGAGAGAGAGAGAUGUAGAUAGAGGGGUGCAGGAGGGGAGGAAAGAGGCUGUGUAUCUCUGUUGGUUUUUAAAAGUGUUUUAUUAUGGGAUGGCUGGCAUCCCUUUGACCUGGGGUAAUGAGAGGCAGUCGCCCCUUCAUUGCCAUGGAAACCGUACAAGAGAAAUGUUGGACAUUAAAAAUAAAAAAGGAAAAACAAUUA